UGAGAAUGCUUCGUUUGUUCUAUUUUCUAAAUUCAAUAAAUCACAAGUAAUCUCUAUGAAUAUUUCCUAUAAUAUACAUACAGUCUUAUCAGUAAAUUAUGUACAAAAUAAGGUACAUAAAGGCACAGAUCCUCUUCGUAAGUCCGAAUGACUUGAAUGAUCUGCUUAGCAUAUAUUAUUAUUCUUUGUCAAAGCUCAGAUUAAAUUUCAAUUUGGUAGAAACACCAUAUAUACGUCGGUUUUUUCCAAUUGGAAUAAACUUUUUUAGCAACUGAUGGAGUUCUAAGGGAUUUAGUAGGCUAUCUUUUAUUUGUUUUUCUAGACAAUUUUUUUCUCAAUAAUUGUCAUUACAACGAUCCCCACAAAAUAGAGUAUUGCGACUAUAGUGUUGAUUGAGAAAAGUCAACAUACAGUCAUAACACGUUAAUCACACAUCGCCGCCUUUUUAUUCUUUCAAAAUGCAAAAAUGCAUCGCAUCUUUAAGUCACGGAGUCUGCUAUUUUUUUCGGUAUUAAUAUGUAGUAAACAUCUUUUUCUGAUGAGGGAACGUUGCCAACUGAUCCAUUGCUUUUGACCCCAUAUCUUGACCAUAAUUAGGUAUCUAUAUACUAGAAAAGCCCUAAGAGUAUAUGGGCUGAUGUUGCAAUUUGACUGAGAUAUUGAAAUUUUACUCAAAUUUCCUACCAGGACCUUCACUUUCCAGCAAAAUUGUAUUUUUGAAUUUUGACCUGAAACUUUGCUUACAUAAAGCUCUCAAUUAAAUUAGCUUAGGGAAAAAAUUCAGAAUUUUUGGAUAUAGUAUUACUGAGAUAUGAAUUUUUCAAAAUAUGGGCGCCUUUUCAUAGAUUUUGUAGAAAACAUAAAUAUUUUGAAAAAUUCAUAUCUUAGUGAUACUAUAUCCAAAAAUUCUGAAUUUUUUUCCCUAAGCUAAUCUAAUUGAGGGCUUUAUGUAGGUAAAGUUUCAGGGCAAAAUUCGAAAAUACAAUUUUGCUGGAAAAUAAGGGUCCUGGAAGGAAAUUUGAGUAAAAUUUCAAUAUUUCAGUCAAAUCGUAAUAUCAGCCCAUAUACUCUUAGGGCUUUUCCAGUCUAUAGAUUGUCUACUUAUGAGCAAAAUAUGGGGUCAAAAGCAAUGGAUCAGUAGGAAAUGUUCUCUUGUGAGUAGCGGAUGGAUGGAUCAAACGUUGUUCUAUCGAUGGUUUGACCAAAUCUUCUUGAAACACACCAAAGAUUUACCACGUCCACUACUACUAAUUGUCGAUGGCCACGGCAGUCAUUUCGAUGUACAAACACUCAAACUUGCUGUCAACAAUGAUGUGUAUGUCAUGAAAUAAAUACGUCUAUACUUAAAUUAAAUCAACCUAUUCACUUCAUGAGAAAAUAUUUUUUACACUUUUUAGAAUUAUUCUUUGUCUACCAUCCAAUGCGACCCACAUCCUUCAGCCGUUAGACAUUGUAUUUUUCAAUUCAUUGAAAAUUCAAUGGAAAAAGUAAGACAAAAUAUACUAAAAAUAAAAGUCUUACAGUUUCUUUAUAGUAUUUUGAAAGAUGAAUAUACUCAUACACAUUUCAAAACUAUUAGUAAAUCUCAAUUUCCAUCAUUAUUAAAGCGAUUGUGGACACAUGAUCCUAUUGGAACACAAACGAAUUUAGUGAAAAGUUUUAUAAAGGCUGGAAUAUUUCCUUUCAACCCGAAUAGUAUAGAUCGUACACGUAUUUUGAAAAACAAGACGAAUGUUGAUAAACGUAUAUCAAGUGUUCCUACUAAUUCAGCACAUGAUAAUCAAACAACAACAAUUAAUAUUCCAUCUUCUCAUCAAGCAACUAAUUCUUCAUUUACUUCUUCUGAUCAAACACCUAGUUCUUCAUUUACUUCUGCUCAUCAAGCAACUGCUUCUUCAUUUACUUCUUCUCGUCAAGCAAUUGCCACAUUGGAUCGAGUUUUGAAAGAAACACAAUUGAUUAAUAGUGAUAUUGAAGAUUUGAACGAUGAUGAAGAUGAAAAAUAUUGUCCAUCCGAAUCAAGUUUUACGUUAUCAAUAUCUGUUUCAUCUGAUAAACAACAAAAAUCUCAAUCAGAUCAAACAUUAAUUACGAAAAAUAAUCGAUCGAUUCUAUUACAACAAGAGAAAAAAAGAAAGAAAAAUUCUUCGAGUAUCAUUGGUUUCGAUACGUCGGAAGAUGACGAUGCUGAAAAUUUGGAUUUACCAAGGUCAACAUCUCAACAAUUAUUCAGAACCAAACACGAACUUCAACCAAAAAAAGUCUUACCAUCAAAACACCAUCAAGCAACGUCGUCUGAAGAACAGAAAAAAAGAAUGAAGUUAGCUUUCAAAACUGUUGGUUUCGAUACAUCAGAUGAAGAUGUAGAUGUAGUACCAAAUUUAUCAACAUCCAAUCCUCAAACUUCGCUUCAAGCAAUUACAGAUGCGAUACAAAACGUUUUUAGUACACCAUCAAAUAAAACAUCAAAGCAACGUUCAAAACGUACAGUACUGAAUAGAUCUAAUGGACAAAUUAUAACAGAAAAAAUUGUGAUUGAACAGCUUGAAGAACGAAAAAACAAACAAAAGUUCAAACGAUCAGGUUCAAAUAGUCGAAUAACGAAUGAAAAAAAACGAAAAAGACAACAGAAAAAUGAUUCAUCAAUCACAUUUGGUACAAAUACUACAAUGAGUUUUCGAUCACCAAGUUCACCAAUUGCUCCAAUAGAAUCUCAAAUUUCCUUUAAUUAA